CUCCAUUGAUGUAUAGUGCGGUUAUUUGUUUCUUUCAGUUAUUUUUCAGUAUUUACACUCUCCCAGCGCGCUAACGCGAUGGAUCCCGGAGGUAAUCAGAUUCAAGAGUCCGUCUUUCCGCCGGAGUUUAUGUGGCAUCAAGUGAGGAGGGCGUUUGAUCAAGAUGGCUAGGACAAUGUGUUAUGACACUCGGUACAAACGAUCAACCGCCUUCCCAUUUCAUUCGCGAUCAUGCGUACGCGAUAAUUGGUAUGGUUGCCUAGGCUCCACAAUGCGAGACUCGUGUAAUCCCCACCAAAAAGACCUUCAGGAGCAUGACGGUAUGCGUACCGUGCAUGUGCUCAACUCUUGGAGCGCGUUAUCUCGACUCUCGAAUGAAGGCCCUCAGGAUGCGCCCUUAAACGUCAUACUCGUUUGGAAUCCAGAGAGGGAUGGUAGAGUAACCGACGUGACAAUGGGGGAUAUUAUCCUCGACUCCGGGCCCUAUAAUUAUGGAUUUGCAUUUGCUAGGGGGACGCUCAAAAGCGGUCGUUAUGCGAUAAUUGUAUCUGGCUUCGAUCCCCAAGUUAGGACAGAUUUCACCCUCUCCGUCGAAUGCUCUAAGAGGUUUGAUAUGCGACCAAAACCCACGGAAGGCGCCGGGAUGUUCUCUAAGUCCAUCAAGGGCAACUGGGUGGGCAGUUCCGCUGCUGGUCCUCCUUCGCAGGGGUCAUAUCACAAGAAUCCUGGUUUUAAGCUCGUCCUACCGGAGUCCUCAACGAUUAUAAUACGUCUUCAGAGGUCUAACCACAACUCGCGGACUCCAAUUAAUAUUGCUAUUUUUGCAAGCAACCCAUCUGUCUUUCCCUCCAACAUCCCUGCACCCGUUCUUUCAAGUGGCGGGUACUCCGCAGCAACAUCGGGGGUGGUGAUAACUUCAUCCCAUCUGACAAGAGGGACGUAUUACCUUCUCCCUUCAACCGCUCGUGCUGGAUUACAGGAAGGAUUUGUCACGUUUGUCUAUUGCUUGGAAACCCAGAUAUCUUUGGAAGCAGUGUAGAUAUUCUCUGGCUUCCCUGAGCAUUGGAAUGACCAAGUUACCCUUACCACGAGGCUUCAUGUCUAGGUGAUGUAUUGUAUGAUAUACUAUGUUGUGUCAAACAAAAUGCAGGAUAAGGUUAGGAACA